UUGAAACACUACUAUGUAGUUACUCCGUAGGUUAGACAACAUGGAUGUUGGCAAGUAGUAGGUAACUAGGAAGGAGGGGUAGUUAGUUAACUAACUAGUAACUAAGUUAGUUGGAAGCUGAGGCUAAGCCAGGUUAACCUCGCCCAAGUCGACAAGCAAGUUCAUCCCGUUUCAUCCUCUCUGCAACAAACGUACAUACAAUUAUAGGGCAGCUUUCACAUCCUGAAAGAGAAGUACAACAUGCAGUCUGGAAUAUCAGUGUCCCCUGAGCUGCACGACGCAUUCAAUGCCUUCGUCUCGACGCCUUCUCACUUUUGUCUCCCCGUAACAAUCUCCUCCGAGCGUCUCACCCCUCUGGAACCGAUCGCUUUCCCCUUAUCCUCCGCUGACGAUGAUACCAAAUUCAGCAACUCCCUACCCCUCCUUGCCCCGCACACGCAACCGAAAACCCCCAUCUACCUCAUCCUCCGCCGCAACGCCGGCUCCAACGCCCUCAUAGCUCUCACAUAUAUCCCGUCCACAUCGCCCGUACGUGCAAAGACCCUGUUUGCAAGCACACGGGCAACUCUCGUCCGCGAGCUUGGCAGCGAGAAAUUCGCCAGCACGAUCUUCGCCGCGGAUGCGGAGGAGGUUCUUGAUGCUGCCGUUUGGAAGGAGAGGGAUGCGGAUCGGAAUGCGGCCACAGGCGGAGCUGCGGAUGAUAACGAAGCGGAGAGUAGGAGGGAGGAUUUGAUGGGCAAGAAGGAGAGGGAAUUGAAUGAAGUUAGGAGGCAGGAGGAGCAAGCGAGGAGUAUGACCCGGAGGGAUGUGGGGAUUGGAGGGACCAUUGGGCGUGGGAAUGGAAACGGGGAGAGUGAACUGCAUAUUGGAAUUGGGAAUGGGGUAAAAGAGGCAUUCCAGCAGGUGCGGGAAAGUGGUUCGGUUAUCCGGUUGACUAUUGACGUGCCAACCGAAACUCUCACUCUAAUCUCCACUGAGUCGAAUGUCGAACCUGAUUCCAUAUCAAACCUGAUUUCAGACUCGAAGGCCCAGUACACAUUUUAUUACUAUCCGGACCCCAAAGCAGUCAUCUUCAUAUACACCUGCCCAUCUGGUUCCGUAAUCAAGGAGCGCCUAUUGCACGCUAGCUCGCGGAAUGACGUGGUGAAGCUUGCUGUUCUACAGGGUGUAGAAGUUGCGCAUAAGAUUGAGGCAUCGGAACCCACAGAUAUCACACCUGGAAGCCUUGCGGAACAAGUCAAUCCACGAAAGGAAGAGGUUCGACAAACAUUUGCAAGACCCAAGAGACCCGGCCGGUGAAAGGUUUGAUGUCUGCCGCCCUUGAAUUGGUCCCGUUUCUCAGGAUUGGUCUAAGCUGGUCUGAUCACGAGUCCAGGGUGCUGUUCCAAUUUCAAGAAUCGUCGGAUAUUGCUAUUGUCAGAAUGUCUUUUUCUUAUUAUUGCUCUCCGGUAUCCCCCUAUAUAUCGUAGCCAGUUCCGCACCCUCUAGAAAUCUAAGAUCCUUUUGGUAUUUGUAAAACCCGUAGCCUGGACGCCGUCGCAAGCUCGAUAUCCCGUUAAAAUUCGUGAAUCAAAAUCAAUAAACGGUCAACAUAAAUAAUUGAACGCCUUCUUCUUUUCUCUGCCCCUUUCCAAUAUCUCACUACCUCUCUCUCUGCUCUCCCCAAGAAAGGACAGGUUUCAUCAUUCCCAUUAAACCCAAAACCCGUAGCUCAGAUACGCCCCAUCAAGAUACCCCUGCCCGAUGCUGUUUCCGCUGGAAAAACAAAUCCGUCCUCGAACUACCCAGGUUGAUAAUCUUCGGGCACCCAUCGCGAUCCUUCUCCAAUCGAGUACACUCGAAACAGUAAAAGGCGUCACUAAUCCCCUCCCCGCCACAUACGAUGCACUUGUUCUGGUAGUUGCCGAAAGAACAUUCAUCGCAGAUGCGUACGAGGGUAGUGGGCCGCACGUACGAGUCGCAGACCGGACAUUUACCGUCGCAUUUAUCGCAGAGACGGCCGAUGGCAAUUCCGGUUUGCUUGCGGCACAUUACGAGAUCGGGGUGGUGACGGGACAUGGUUGUAGCGGUGGUUGUGGCUGUUCAGGAUGUGGGAGGUUGCGGCUUGUUCUUCAAGUAGCGGGCGUGCCCGAUUACGAACGGCUUCGUGCUAUGGAUUAUAGGAAACAACCGCUUCUUGUGUCCUCGCAGUAUUUUGGAAGAGAUCGUGUCAAGUUACUCAGUUUUGCGUGGAAUUGACGCGGAUUGCUGGACACUGUCUGGGUCUGGCACAGAAGCCGCCACUAUUUGCUUGGGCUUGGUAGUCUGUCAGG